GAACAGGUGCAACGACUGCACCGGCUGACAAAGCCGGUAGCGUCACCACCUCGUCGGACGAGGACUCCUCCGAAGAGGAGGAUGACUCUGAUGGUGUCAGUGUGAAGGAGGCCUUCUCGGACUCCGAGGCCUCCGAUAAUCCCACGACGAGGGCACAGGACAACCUAGGGGCCACCCCCCCCGGGAAUGACCAGAGCCCACCGUCCAAGCGCCAAAAACAGGCGAAGAUGGUCCAGGCAAAGCAGCCCGACCUUGCCUACCCAGGGAUGCGAGGCCCCAAGAGAGCACCAGUCGAACCUCUUCCAGCCGCAGCUUUUGGAAAGAACUCCCAAAAUCUGUGGGCCGCCUCGAAAGGGGUGGCAAAAGGGAAAGGAAAGAAGGAACACCCCACAGGACCGUAUUACCCGAGUCCUUAUGCUCCCUUAGAGCAGGGGGAUGAGGAGGACGGGACCGAACGGGCCCGACAGGCCAACAGGGCCCGCGCCUUUGGUGGCCUGCCGACCUUCUACCCUCAUGCUCACGUUGGUCCUUACCUCCCACAGGGUGGCUACGGCACAGACGACUUCUACUACUCCACAGCGAAUGGUAGAGCUCUCACCUUUGGGCCGACGGCCAUGAAGUGUGCUGUUCGAGGCCUCCCCCUCGUUGAGGACCCGGUCCCCUCGAACUAUGACCCUGACCUCGUCACGUUUGAGGAGGAGGCCGCCAUACCUCUGCAGUCCCUGCACCUUAACGCGAACAUGCCCUCCCUAAUGGGCUCCUCUACCCGACUUCUCAACCCUGUCGUGUGGAGAAAGGUAAAGAGAUUCGCAAAGGCAGCACUGGGCUGCAAGGUGCACCUAGAGGUCCCGCUGUCAGAAACGCGGAACGCGGCUGCGCUCUCCCUCCUUCAUAAUGAGCAAGCAAUUGCCCUCGUGAAGUCGAAAGAGCUAAGCGAAGACGUUCUCCGGUUCGAGACAUAUACAGACGCACUCACACUGCUCUCGAUCAAUCGUGUCUCCAUGUUCUUGCAAGACCAAAAACCUGAAGACGUUGUCAAGGACCUUCACACGGUCCCGUACGAAGGUAGUGAUCUCAAGAACGCAAUGCGAGACAUUGUGACGGUGCUAGGGGCGUCGUCGUUGUUCCAGAAACACACGAUUAGCCCCUCCUUCUUUGGACUGCAGACGCACACACUCACGUCAGCAAUCCACACGAGUGAGAAAAUCCUUGGCGCGGUCGUCACUAUGACUGACCGCCUCAGGGAAUUCAACAGCUCACACCACAAGAAGCUGACUGAGACAGUCAAGAGUGGCGUCCCCAUCGUCCUAGUGCUUGCGUAUGCAGCAGGUGCGUUUCGCAAGAACUUCCAGGACUACAGCGAACUCAAGGAAGAAAUUGCCGCGGUCCCACUCCUUGAGCAACACCUGGCGCAGACAGAUCAAGUCAGACUGAUCUCGUCUGUUGCUGGCUUCCUCAAAUCGCCGGGCCUUGCUGUCACGCGUGACACUCUCGUUGACGCUCUCCUUCGGAUGCGCUCCACCCUCCCUAGAACCAACAAAGAUCUGGAUCGGGAGAGUAGGGGCGCACUGAAAGACAGCGGCGCAACUGCGCCACGGACAAAGUCCACGAGAGACCGCGACAACAGCAAGAAAACCCGACGGGGCAAAAAGCCACUCAAGGCAAAUGCCCCGCCUCUCCCUCGAAGCAGACACGACCGCGAAGCAUCUCCAAAAAGAGAAGCCGAACAGAAAAAGUUUGCACCGACGCAGCGCCACACAGAUUUCGUCGCCAAGUGUCGCAAGGUCAUCUGCCAACAGACGGACCUUGACGACGUUGACGAGAAAGAAAUCUGUAUACCGCAUCUUGCAAACCUGCUGCAACUAAAAGUGGAGGUACCUCAGCUUUUAGAUGCAGCUACUCACGACCGCCGGCACUCCUUGCCCGGCCGGUCAACUCAUAGUAACCUCGGGACCCUCCUUUGUGUCUCCUAAAAAUAUACGAUACCCUUUCUCACAUCCCCCCUCGUGUUGCUGCUUACCUCUAAUCAUCAUCCACUCCUCACAUCCUACAGGACUCCAGAGGGAAGAUGAUACGCCCGAUAUGCACGUAUCGUAACUGCGCGCUCCAUCGGAAGACAGGGCAAGUGGCGAAAACCACUGGGAAAACAAGUGGCGGCUCGAAGUGA